GAGGGCAGAGAGAAUCAAGAGGGGCAAAUUUAAUAGCUAGGUCGUUGAUAUAUCUUUGUCUAUGGACUGAUUGUUUUCUUCUCUUCUUCCCUCCUUGUUCAGAUUUUAGCUGUCCAAUCAUUUGAAACAUAAUAUAUCUUUCUCUCUGCCUUCACAUUCACUGCUUCCUAGCUUAGUUCUCAGUACUUGAGAAGGAGGAGGAGAAAGAGAAGAAGAAGGUGAGCUUAACUGAUGGCCGCCCCUUCCUCAUCCAAUCCACUCUUCUUCGGAACAAGAUCUCAAGAAGAUCAAAACCAAGCAAGACAACAAGAACAGCAACAACAGCAACACUUCUCCUCCAUGCCCGCCUCUUCAACUACUCCAACUGCCGCAGCAGCCACACAGAAGAAAAAGAGAAACCUUCCGGGAACUCCAAAUCCAGAUGCGGAGGUAAUAGCACUAUCGCCCAAGACACUAAUGGCAACAAACCGAUUCAUUUGCGAGGUAUGCAACAAAGGGUUCCAAAGGGAGCAAAACUUACAACUCCAUCGAAGAGGACACAACCUUCCGUGGAAGCUCAAGCAGAAAUCCACGAAAGAAGUGAAGCGAAAGGUCUAUCUUUGUCCCGAGCCUACCUGCGUCCACCAUGAGCAUUCGAGAGCUCUCGGAGACCUCACCGGGAUCAAGAAACACUACUCUCGUAAACACGGCGAGAAGAAGUACAAGUGCGAGAAAUGCUCCAAGAAAUACGCGGUUCAGUCCGAUUGGAAAGCCCAUUCUAAGACCUGCGGAACAAGGGAGUAUAGAUGCGACUGCGGCACUCUCUUCUCAAGGCGUGACAGUUUCAUCACACACAGAGCCUUCUGCGACGCGUUGGCGCAAGAAACUGCGAGGCACCCUCCUGGACUCAGCUCAAUUGGGAGCCAUCUAUUCGGAAACAAUCACAUGACUAUGAAUUUAUCUCAGGUUAGUACCCAGAUUUCGUCAAAUAGUAUGUUACGGCUUGGCACUGCUGGGGCUACAGCUACGGCCAAACUGGAGCAGCUGAUUCCUUCGUCCAACAAUCCGAAUUCUCCUCUAUUCGCAGCUCAGCAGCCUCCGCAAUCCAUUUCUUCGUCUCCUUUUUACAUGCCGCAAGAUAAUUCGAACCAAGGAUAUCAGGAACUGCAAAACAAGCCGUUUCAUCACGGGCUAAUGCAGCUUCCUGACCUUCACACGAAUGCUAAUCUCAGCUUCUAUUCGAGUAGUAAUACGACGAAUAGUAUGAAUGAUAGUGAUCAGAAUGCCAGCAACAAUAUGUCCUCUUCGAGCUACUUGAUGCCCGAACAUCCGUUUAACAAUGCUAGUGGAGGCCAAGGAUCAAAUAUUUUUUCGGGUGGCGGUAAUAAUCCGGGACUCUCUUCUCUUUAUAGCAACCACCACGAAGGCCAAGCUUCGCCGCAUAUGUCAGCUACUGCAUUGCUUCAAAAAGCGGCUCAAAUGGGCUCAACCACAAGCAACACGAGUGCCACUAUAUUAAAAGGCCUUGGAAGCGGCAACUCUUCUAUGAACGGUGCUAAUAAAUUUGCGAGAAGCUUCAGUGUAAACAGUGAGCACAUCGAAAGCAGUCAGCUUCAAGGACUAAUGAAUUCUCUCUCACACAGCAACCCUUCAUCUUCGAUGUUCGGUGGAGUGAGAUUAGAACAACAGCAGCAGCAACAACAACAACAUCAACUUGGUGUUACUAAUUACGGGAACAUGGACGAGGGAUCGAAUAUGAACCGGAAUUUUUCUAUGGGAGGGUCGGAUAGACUGACACUGGAUUUUCUUGGAGUUGGGGGAGGAAUGGUUCGAAAUGUGGGAGGUGGAUUUUCGCAUCGAGAUCAACAGCAACAGGGGGCUGGAUUAGCUUCUUUCGAACAUCAAAAAAUGAACUCUUCGCAAGGAGGUCAUAAUGUGUUUGGAGGUUCUAAGUUGCAGUGACUAUUCAUGAUGAACGUAUUAAACUUAAGAAUGUUCCUCCUUACUCUCCCAGCUGUUUUGUUUAAUACAUUAAGGAAACAUUUUUCAAACUGCCUUAUGAUAUGUGUGUAUCUACACUGUCAA